AUGGAAAACAUGGAUCCAAAAAUUGUUUUGGUUACCGGUGGGUCCGGCCUUGUUGGCCAUGGAAUCCGUCUAGCUCUUGAGUCGCACGGAUUAAAACAACCCAAAGAGACUUGGAUUUUUGCCUCUUCAAAAGACGUUGACCUUUGUGAUUGGAACAAAACGCUAGAAUACUUUCAAAAGAUACAUCCGACGCAUGUAGUACACUUGGCAGCAAAGGUUGGAGGUCUGUUUGCCAACAUGAGUGACAACUUGGGCUUCUUCAGAACUAAUAUGCAAAUAAAUGAUAAUGUGCUGGAAGCGAGUGCCAAGACCGGCGUCAAAAAGGUCAUAUCUUGUCUUUCAACUUGCAUCUUCCCCGACAAGACCACAUAUCCAAUUGACGAGACGAUGGUACACAAUGGUCCCCCGCACUCUUCUAACUAUGGCUAUGCCUACGCAAAAAGGAUGAUUGACGUUAUGAACCAGUAG